CCCGCAGCCCUUCCGGGUCGCGCCGCGCGGCCGCUGGCGGAGCGGCCCCGCCGCCAGGCAUGGCUCCCGGGGAGUUGGCGCUGGCUCUGCUGCUGUGCUGCGGGGCGCUGGGCAGCAGCCGCCCCCCGCGGGCAUUUGGAAAGGACGAGAGCAUGGUGCAGCUGCCGGGGGGGAAGUUUCUGAUGGGGUCCCGUUCCCGGGAGAAGAGGGACGAGGAGGGGCCGGCCAGGGAGGUGACUGUGGGGCCGUUUGCUAUUGACAAAUACCCUGUCACAAACAGGGAUUUCAGGGAGUUUGUUAGAGAAAAGAAAUACAAAACAGAAGCAGAAGCGUUUGGCUGGAGCUUUGUCUUUGAGGAUUUUGUAUCCGAAGAGCUGAAAGAAAAAGUCACCCAAAAACUGGAGUCUGCCCCUUGGUGGCUGCCCGUCGAGAAGGCUUUUUGGCGACAGCCCUCAGGUCCUGGCUCCAGCAUAAAGGACAGGCUGGAUUACCCAGUGCUGCAUGUGAGCUGGAAUGACGCGCAGGUGUUCUGUGCCUGGAAAGGGAAGAGGCUCCCAGCAGAGGAGGAGUGGGAAUAUGCUGCCAGGGGAGGACUGGAGCAGAGGGUGUAUCCCUGGGGAAACAAGUUUCAGCCGAACCGUACAAAUCUGUGGCAGGGUGAUUUUCCGCGGGUCGACACGGCUGAAGACGGUUAUCACGGUGUCUCGCCAGUGGCAGCAUUCCCUCCUCAGAAUAGCUAUGGGCUCUAUGACCUGCUGGGAAACACCUGGGAGUGGACCGCAUCAGAGUACCUGACUCCGGGGCUCUCAUCGAGGCAGCGCGCUCAGAAGAUGCAGGUCCUGAGAGGUGCCUCAUGGAUUGACACUGCAGACGGGUCUGCAAACCAUAAAGCUCGUGUUACUACCAGGAUGGGGAACACGCCAGACUCGGCCUCUGACAACCUCAGCUUCCGCUGUGCUGCUGACAUCCCGCCUGUCACAGCUAAGAAAAGCCAGACCAAAGCCAGACCUGAGCUCUGACAAGGUCGCUCGGGAAAACCUGAAGGCAUUUUCUCCUGUGGAGAUGAACAAUGAGCUCCAGCGGUCACUUUCAUCAAUACAGUUUUAAAAAUUAAAAAUAAAUACUUUCAGCUAAAACUCCUUUAUGCACUGGAACAUCUGGGCAUGAGCAGUGAUUGGGAAGGGCAGGCAGGGCGUUUUCUCUUUAAUGUCCUCUUGGUGUGGUAAUACUACAGCUCUCCUUUCAGUGUCUGUUUUAAACAAGCGGAGGGGUGUGUGCGUGUGUGACCAGGUCAGAGCUGCUCUGACGUCCAGCCCCAGCCAGAGCGAGCGAACACCAGUGGCCCCUGCUAUGGCUGCUGGCAUGGGACUGCCAUGAGCGGCGGUUGCAGGCAGGGAGCGAUGGGGGCACGUCCCUGAAAGGGUGACUUGUACAUCAGUCCCCAUCUCUUUAGGAAAUCCCAACUUUGUACCAGCCUCCAAGCCUUCCCAGAAGUGAACAAGGUACCCUUAUUGAUCCUUAAGCAGCAGCAAAACCAUGUGUGUGCUCGUUUCUAAGUGCAUAAAUGAUGCAAACCGGUGACCCACCUCUCCCGGGUGUUAUAGCCAGCCUAAGUGCUACAAAUCAGCUGUGCACAAGCUCUGCCGCCAAAGCCCCAAGCGCAGGGGUGGGCGAGGACACCCCUGUGGGCACUGAUCAACCCUCCUCCUCCAGCUAUGACUGCCCCAAAAGGGUCCUGCUCCAGGGCUGAUCUGAGCCUUCCCCAAGCAGAUCUCCUGCUCCAAGCACAUCAGGAGCUGCAGCUGAUUACAGCAGUAUUAGAGGCAGCUUCUUCAGACCCAUUCCUUCCAGUGGGAUAUACCCUGGGGACAAAUCGCAGCUGUCUGCUGGGUUUGCACUUGCACCUGACCUGAGGCCAGCUGUAUCUCUUAAGAAAAAAUGAAAGAAAUCACGGGUUGGUUUUCAAGGAUUUUACUUGCCUUAACUCUGAGCAAAUUCAUUGGAUUAUGCAGUGGCAAUCAGAACAGCCCUUCCUCAGCUGCCAAGGUCAGCAAAAUGGCCUUGCAGGUGUUCUCGAAGAGGGCGGCUCUGUUCUGUGCCUCCCCCUUCUUCACCCAGUGCCGGUAGGUCCUGAAGGCACAGGCGUCGAUCAGCUUGCGGAUGGGCUUCAGGGCAUAGGGGUCCCGCACCACCAGCUCCCUGGUGACUGACUUCACUUGCCGGUACUGGUAGUAAAUACGGACCGAUGCCAGGACAGUCAGGCAGAUCACCUGCAGCACAGGGGAACAGGCUGGAAUUUGUGGCCAGUCCUACAAUGGGACUGGAUUGGCCCCAACGCAUCCCCCAUGGCUGCUGUUCGUGUGUGUGUGUGUGAGGUAUCCAUCCAGGUCCAGAGGGAACGCGGCUCCUGGCACAUGUAUUCAGUCCCACAUGAGCGGUACACGUUUUUUCCAAGUGUGCCCUUAAUGUCAAGACUGUGGGUCAGUUCUAAGUGUGUCAACUAAUGCCACUUCAGGUACCUCUGAGCUGCCCUAAUGGCUGGCUAGAGGGAAGGGAAAGGAUUCCUCUGUUUUGUCAACAUUUGCAUCAUUUGAUGCACCCAUGUGAUGUCAGGCUCAUUGAUUUCCCCUUAGAAGUGAUUUUUUUU